CAUGCAAUCAAAUUCCCACUUGCGUAUUAUUUUUUCUGUUAAAUGAAUAUCAUCUAAAUAAUUUCUCUAUAUAUAAACCUCAGUUAAAUAGAAACGCUACAACAUCUCACAUUCACAAUCUCACAAACCUCUUAUAAGUUAUAAUAUAUAAGAAUGGCUGGAUCUUUUAGAUUUAAUCAUCACUUCUGUUAAAUUCCCACUUGCGUAUUAUUUUUUCUGUUAAAUGAAUAUCAUCUAAAUAAUUUCUCUAUAUAUAAACCUCAGUUAAAUAGAAACGCUACAACAUCUCACAUUCACAAUCUCACAAACCUCUUAUAAGUUAUAAUAUAUAAGAAUGGCUGGAUCUUUUAGAUUUAAUCAUCACUUCCUCGCAUCUCUUCUCAUAACCAUUACCAUAACCACGCUCAAGUCGGUCCAUACAACAACAACAACAACAACAAACACGGAGUUCGUAAAAUCAUCAUGCACAUUCACAACAUACCCAAGACUCUGUGUCACUUCACUCUCAACUCAAUCCAGUCUCAUCCAAACCAGCCACAAGCUCAUAGCUCAUGCGGCUCUCAACAUCACAUUAGCCUCGGCUAAAGCCACGUCAGCAAUGAUGGUACGUCUCUCGAGUAGUAGUCGGCUCAAGCCGAGAGAAGUCUCGGCCAUGAGAGACUGCGUUGAGGAGCUAGGUGACACGUUGGAGGAGCUUAGGAAAUCGAUAGGUGAGAUGGGUCAGCUAAGUGGCUCGAACUAUGAGGUCUACAUGAGUGAUAUUCAGACUUGGGUUAGCGCUGCUCUGACCAAUGAGAACACGUGCUCGGAUGGAUUUGAAGGAGAUGACAUGAAUGGGAAGGUUAAGGUUUUGGUUAGAGGGAGGAUUUUGGUUAUUGCUCAUUUAACGAGUAAUGCUUUAGCUUUGAUUAAUCACUUUGCUUCUAUUCAUGGUUAGAGAGACUGGUAUUUUUUUAUUUUUUUUAUUGCAAUUUCUGUUUGCUUUUGUCAGUUUGUGUGUAUAACAAAUAGUAAUAAUACAAUGUAUGUGUUCGUCUUUAAGAUUCCUGAAUCAAUAUGUACCAGAAAAUGUUUAAUACUUUUUUUUGCUA